CCACUUUAAAUUUUGAAGAAUCCUCGCUAUAAAUCUCCACUGAGAAUCCAUCCUUCUUCAUCCACUAAAUCAAAUCUCAAAUCCUUUCAAAGCAGUCGCGCAAUUUCCCUCUCUCAGAAACCCUAGAAAUGGCACGCACAAAGCAGACAGCCCGCAAGUCCACCGGCGGCAAGGCGCCCCGCAAGCAACUGGCCACCAAGGCCGCCAGGAAAUCGGCUCCGGCCACCGGUGGAGUGAAGAAGCCUCACCGUUUUCGUCCCGGCACCGUCGCUCUCCGUGAGAUCCGCAAGUACCAGAAGUCCACGGAGCUGCUGAUCCGCAAGCUUCCGUUUCAGAGGCUUGUUCGGGAGAUUGCGCAGGACUUCAAGACCGAUCUGAGGUUCCAGAGCUCCGCUGUCGCGGCGCUGCAGGAGGCGGCGGAGGCGUACCUUGUUGGACUCUUUGAGGAUACGAAUCUGUGCGCUAUUCACGCUAAGAGGGUUACAAUUAUGCCCAAGGAUAUCCAGUUGGCUAGGAGGAUUAGGGGUGAGAGGGCAUAAUUCUAAUUUGGGGGUUUUGUUGCCGUGAUGGUGCUAGAGUGAUGAUUAGGCUAGUUAGUUUGGUUUGAUGUUAUUGUUGCUGAAUCUGUGGUUAUACUUUUGGAUCUAUGUUAAAAUGAAGUUGAUUUCAAAUUUUCAA